UUUCUCCCGGUUCCCUGGCCUUGCUCUUUCGGACAUUGCACUAAAAGAGAUGCGCCCUGGAAAACCACAUCUUGUUUGGAGACGAGCCCGGGUUUGGGACCUUAGGGUACAAAUUCUCCUUUUCCAGCGCCUAGGAUAGAUUUGAUUAAUGAGCCCGGAGUACCCUGUUCCUGCUGACACUGCCGUUUUUCACUUCCCUGCCCUCCCACACUUCCAAAAUCAUUAAGCAGGGAGCUCUUGGAGGUUUAUGAGUCUACUUUGAGCUAGACGUGAGUUUGACCCCGGGGUUGGAGCAUGGCUGUAUCCCUGGACCUUCAGAUCGACGCUCCCCUGGAGGUUGAGGAAUGCUUAAUAAUGAAGGUGGAAAAGGACCCCGAGUGGGCAGCGGAACCCACUCUGGAAGGAUCGGAGAGCUCUGAGUCCGAGACCUUUCGCAAAUGCUUCAGGCAAUUCUGUUACGAGGAUGUGACUGGACCCCAUGAAGCUUUCAGUAAACUCUGGGAACUUUGCUGCCGGUGGCUGAAGCCAGAAAUGCGUUCCAAGGAGCAGAUCCUUGAGCUGCUGGUGAUUGAACAGUUUCUCACCAUUUUACCGAAGAAGAUUCAGGCGUGGGCACAGAAGCAGUGUCCGGAAAGUGGAGAGGAGGCGGUGGCCCUGGUAAUACAUUUGGAGAAAGAGACUGGAAGACUAAGACAGCAGGUUAGCAGUCCUGUGCCCUCAGAGAAGCAGGUCCCACUGGGAGCAGCAUGGGAGGUAACGGACUUUCAGCCAGAGCAGGUGGAGACUCAACCCAGGGUGGUGUCUCUGGAGGAAGCUGGAAGCCUCCACUCAGGACAUGAGGAGCAGCUGAACCGAAAGAGAGAGCAUUGGCCUUUACCCAGGAAUGACGUUUUUUCUUAUGUCUUUGUAUUUUUUCCUUCCAUGGCAGGUGUGCACUGGGGGUACGAGGAAACCAAGACUUUUCUUGAUAUCCUCCGUGAGACUCGGUUUUACGAAGCUCUCCAAGCCUGUCAUCGGAAGAGCAAGCUGUAUGGGGCCGUGGCGGAACAGCUUCGGGAGUGUGGCUUCCUCCGGACACCAGAACAGUGCCGGACCAAGUUCAAAAGCCUCCAGAAGAGCUACCGCAAAGUGAAAAAUGGUCACGUGCUGGAGUCCUGCGCAUUCUACAAGGAGAUGGAUGCCCUGAUAAACGCUCGGGCCUCCGCUCCUUCCACCACCACUCCAGAAGAAGUCCCAUCACCCUCAGGGCAAGAAGGAGAGGAUGUUGAGAUUGAACCCCAGGAACCGACAGGCUGGGAACCUGAGGAGGCCUCGCAAGAGGCGAUAAUAGAAGAUUCCGGCAGCGAGAGAAUGAGUGAGGAGGAAAUUGUGCAAGAGUCAGAAUUCCAGGGGCCUCUGGGUCUACUGCAAAGCCCAAGUGGUAAGGACCAUCAAGGGGGAAGUGUGAUUUACUCAAGAAUCAGUAACUCUGGGCAUAUUGCUCAUGAGUCUGUUCAUUAAACAGGCAUUUGAGGGGCCCUGUGCUGUGUGAGGAACAGGGGAUCUAGCAAUGAGUAAAUCAAAGCCUCUUUCUCAUGGCGCUUCAUUCAAGGAGGGACCUGGCAUUCUAGUGAUGCAGUCUUUGACACCUCAGCCUCGGAUCUUGUCUGUAUGGGUCAGUGUUUCAUAGCGCCUGCAAAUUCCGUGAGGAAGAAGAACUUGCAAUUAUACAUGAGAAAAAAGUCAGAGGAAGGAGGUGUGUCCAUAGGCUCAAGACACAAACGUCUCAGUCCUUCGUGACAUGCAUGAGGAAAAGGACAGGCAGGGGCAAAAUGAGAGAGAGACUUGACUCUGGUUCUCCGCCCUACCUGCUCGUUUUCCACGGACUGCCGGCGCCCUGUGGGCAUCUGUUCCCACGGCAGCCCAGACUUAAAAUUGUUAAAACUAAAAUCACUGUCUUCUUUCCCAUACCUUGGCUCUUCCCUGUGUCCUCCCACAUCCAGACUUAAAACUUCAGAGGCACUUUUGAUGCUUUCUCUCUCAUUAUUUACAUCCAAGCAGAGAAUGCUUUUUUCCCAACUGUGGUAGAACUUCCAUCUGUCCCCUCUUUAGUUACCACAGCUGCUACCUGUGGUGAGAAAGGUUCAGCCUUUCUCUGUCUCUUGCCUAGACUUUUGUAAAAGUCUCCAGACCAGGGCGCCUGGGUGGCUCA